AUCCUCGCUCUUCCAAACACACACACACACACACACACACACUCUGCUGCCGGGGAAAGGAGGCAGAGACGAUGCCUGCUGAGAGGUGACCACCGCCGGAUCCUGAAGCACAUCCCCACCCACCCACCCACCCCUCCACUCUGACGAUGGAAGGCAAAUGAAUCCGUUCAUAGUAGCUGCUCCAUCUCAUAAAACAUGGCUCCGGGGAGGAGGUGAGAGCGGCGGCGGUGGGAGCUCCAGAUAGAAGCGCUUUCUCUCGGGAGGUGCAAGGAGGGAGGAAGAGGGGGGAUUAGGGUCCUGUAAGAGGAUAAAGGAAAAAAGGGAAACCGAGCUAUUUUUUUAAGCGGACUGUUUGGACCCAUCCUCCGGCCACACCAUGAGCAGCGGGCCGGAUGAGAGCUCGGUGCGCGUCUCCCUGAGGAUCCGUCCUCAGCUGGCCAAAGAGAAGAUCGAGGGCUGUCACAUCUGUACGUAUGUGAUGCCCGGGGAGCCGCAGGUGUUCCUGGGUAAGGACAAGGCCUUCACCUACGACCACGUCUUCGACAUGGACAGCCAGCAGGAAGCCAUCUACACCCAAUGCACGGAGAAACUCAUCGAAGGCUGCUUUGAGGGCUACAAUGCCACUAUCUUUGCAUACGGGCAGACGGGUUCGGGGAAGACCUACACCAUGGGAACCGGCUUCGACGUCAACAUCGGGGAGGACGAGCUAGGUAUCAUUCCCCGGGCUGUCAACCACCUGUUCAAAGGAAUCGAGGAGCGCAGGCAGGCUGCCACCGAGCAGGGCAGGCCUGUUCCGGAGUUCAAGAUCAACGCACAGUUUCUGGAGUUGUACAACGAAGAGGUGCUGGACUUGUUCGACUCGACGCGAGAAAUGGAGGGCAGGAAGCAGAGAUCCAACAUCAAAAUCCACGAGGACGCCAGCGGAGGCAUCUACACCGUCGGGGUUACCACUCGCACCGUCACCUCUGCAACAGAGAUGUUACAGUGUCUGAAAUUGGGCGCGCUGUCUCGUACCACCGCCAGCACCCAGAUGAACGUCCAGAGUUCGCGCUCCCACGCCAUCUUCACCAUCCACCUGUGCCAAGUUCGAGUCUGCUCCCCCGAUAACGACGAUAAUGUGACAGACAACCGUCUAGCGAACAACUCAGAGAUUAAUGAGUUUGAGACGCUGACAGCCAAGUUCCAUUUUGUGGAUCUGGCUGGUUCUGAGAGACUGAAGAGAACUGGAGCUACAGGAGACAGAGCUAAAGAGGGCAUCUCCAUCAACUGUGGGCUGCUCGCUUUAGGAAACGUCAUCAGCGCUCUGGGAGACAGGAGUAAGCGCUCCACUCACGUGCCUUACAGAGACUCCAAACUGACCCGGCUGUUACAGGACUCACUGGGUGGCAACAGUCAAACGAUGAUGAUCGCCUGUAUCAGCCCGUCAGACCGGGACUUCAUGGAGACCUUGAACACUCUGAAGUACGCCAACAGAGCCCGAAACAUUAAGAACAAGGUGGUGGUGAACCAGGACAAAGCCAGUCAGCAGAUCAGCGCCCUGAGGACGGAGAUAGCGCGACUGCAGAUGGAGCUGAUGGAAUACAGGACGGGGAAGCGUAUGGUUGGGGAAGAUGGCAUGGAGGGAAUCAACGACCUGGUCCAUGAGAACUCCAUGCUGCAGACGGAGAACAACAACCUCAGGGUGAGAGUGAAGGCCAUGCAGGAGACCAUCGACGCCCAGAGAGCCAGACUCACACACAUCCUCAGUGACCAGGCCAACCAGGCCCUGGCUAAAGCAGGUGAAGGCAGUGAAGAGAUCGGGAACAUGAUUCAGAACUACAUUAAAGAAAUUGAGGAGCUCAGAGCUAAACUUCUUGAAAGCGAGGCCGUGAGCGAGAAUCUCAGGAAGACUUUGUCCCGGGCCUCCACGCGCUCCUCGCUGUACGGCGGGCCCAGCUCCUUCUCCUCCGCCCUCCUCGCCCCCGAGAAGGAGGCCAGCGACGUCAUCGAGAUGGCCAAGAAGGACCUGGAGAAGCUCAAGAAGAAGGAGAAAAAGAAGAAGAAGAGACUAAGGCGAUGCGAAGAGAAUCACCACCACACGCCGGUUGAACACGCCAGUGUUGUCAAAGAGGAAGUGCCAGACAACGAGCAGGAGCGAGUCAACGAGGAGGCAGAAGUGGAGGCCAGCGACCACGAAGAAGUCGAGGAUGCAGACGGAGAGGAAGAGGACUCCGACAUGGCGGGAGAUGAGACGUCUGACGAGUCUGACUCUGAAGAACUGGAGGAGAAAGAAAACGUCCAGGCCGACCUGGCCAACAUCACCUGCGAGAUCGCCAUCAAGCAGAAGCUGAUAGACGAGCUGGAGAACAGCCAGCGGCGCCUGCACACUCUCAAACAGCAGUACGAGCAGAAGCUGAUGAUGCUGCAGAACAAGAUCAAAGACACGCAGCUGGAGAGGGACAAGGUGCUGCAUAAUAUGGGUUCAGUGGAGUCUGGUACGGAGGAGAAGGCCAAGAGGAUCAAAGUGGAGUAUGAGAGGAAGCUGAGCUCCAUGAACAAGGAGCUGCAGAAGCUGCAGUCAGCCCAGAAGGAGCACGCCCGCCUGCUCAAGAACCAGUCGCAGUACGAGAAGCAGCUCAAGAAACUCCAGAUGGAUGUGAAUGAGAUGAAGAAGACCAAGGUGGUGCUGAUGCGUCAGAUGAAGGAGCAGCAGGAGAGAAACAGAGCCACAGAGUGCAGGAGGAACAGGGAGAUCGCCUCUCUGAAGAAAGACCAGCGCAGAGCUGAGCACCAACUGAAGCAGAUGGAGGCCCAGAAAAGACAACAGGAGCUGAUUCUUCGCAGGAAGAAUGAAGAGGUGACAGCCCUUAGGCGGCAGGUGAGGCCCGUGUCCGGGAAGGUGAGCAGGAAGGUGAGCUUACCCGAGGAGCCGCCACACAGAGCCACCCCAGGGAGAAUGCACACCUCUGGAGCGUCCCCAUCCAAUGGAGCCAGGAGUUCUCCAGUGCGGAUGGGAAGUACCUACCUCAGCAGGACAGCCAGGGCCAAAUGGCAGACACUGGAGAGACGUGUCACUGACAUCAUCAUGCAGAGGAUGACCAUCUCUAACAUGGAGACAGAUAUGAACAGACUGCUAAAGCAACGGGAAGAGCUGACCAGGCGGAGGGAGCGAGUGUCCAGAAAGAGAGAGAAGGUGGCAGUGGAGGGUGCAGACGCCGACCGCUCCCUGGCCUCCCUGAAUGAGGAGCUGGAGUCUCUGAGCGCCAACAUCGACUAUAUCAACGACAGCAUCGCCGACUGCCAGGCCAACAUCAUGCAGAUGGAGGAGGCCAAGGAGGAAGGAGACACAGUGGAUGUUACCGCGGUGAUCAGCUCCUGUAAUUUAUCCGAGGCCCGCUUCCUUCUGGACCAUCUCAUAACUAUGGCCAUCAAUAAGGGUCUGCAGGCGUCUCAGAAGGAUUCCCAGCUGAAGGUGAUGGAGGGCAGGCUGAAGCAGACGGAGAUCAACAGCGCCACCCAGAACCAGCUGCUGUUCCACAUGCUGAAGGAGAAAGCUGAGAUCAACCCGGAACUGGACGCUCUGCUGGGCAGCGCCCUGCAAGAGUUAGGUUACCUGUCACCAGAGAAUGGAGAUGACAGCAGUAGCGACGAGUCCACCCCGAGUCCAGCCACGGAGGGCAGCACACUGGCAUCAGAUCUAAUGAAGUUAUGUGGUGAAUCCAGACCGAGAGGCAAGGCUCGCAGGCGGACCACCACCCAGAUGGAGCUGUUGUAUGCCAGCAGUGGGGAUCUGUCCUGUGAAUCUCCCACCGGAGACUUCUCGGCCCCUCUGCUGCCCCUCUCAGACCGUCUGGAAGGGCCAGCAGACAUGCAGGGUCACGCGCUUGGUCAAACCCCUGACCGCGAACAAACUGCUUCCCCAUCUGCACUGGCUGCCAGGCCAGCUGGCAUUUCUGGAUCCAGGUCACCUACAGGGACCGAGAGGAGGCAACUGGAGCGCUCGCCCCUCAGCCGAAGGAGAGUGCAAGAUAAAGGACCUACAGCGACGCACAUCCCAGCACCGACGCACAUCCCAGCACCGACGCACAUCCCAGCACCGACACACAUCCCAGCACCCACACACAUACCAGCACCCACACACAUACCUCCGCUCAGCACAGCAGAGGUUAAAACUAAAAGCAGCGACCACAAAUCACCGUUGGAGGAGUCAUCUGUAUUUGAAAGCCAUAGAGGUGUUAUCAACCCUGUGACGGCCCCGAAGAACAGCCGCGGGGCCAAACUUCAGUGUGUCUAUGUAGCGGAGGGGCACACCAAACCUGUUCUCUGCGUAGACGCCACAGAUGAUCUGCUCUUCACAGGGUCCAAAGACCGUACGUGUAAAGUCUGGAACCUGGUGACGGGUCAGGAGAUCAUGUCUCUGGCAGAUCACCCCAGCAGUGUUGUCUCAGUCAGGUACACUUCUAGUCUCGUCUUCACUGUUUCUACCGCUUACAUCAAAGUCUGGGACAUACGAGACUCUGCCAAGUGUAUCCGCACUCUCACGUCAUCAGGCCAGGUGGGUUCAGGGGAUGUCUGUUCCUCUGCCAGGAGUUUAUCCAUCCCUCCAGGAGAGAGCCAGAUCAACCAGAUCGCUCUCAACCCUUCCGGCACGUUCCUCUACGCUGCCGCCGGCAAUGCUGUGCGCAUGUGGGACCUCCGCAAGUUUGUGUCCACGGGGAAGCUGACUGGCCAUUUGGGACCUGUCAUGUGUCUGACUGUUGAUAAAUUAGGCAAUGGACAGGAUGUUGUCCUCACUGGCUCCAAAGACCAUCAUAUUAAAAUGUUUGAGGUGGCAGAAGGUGCUCAGGGUAGCAUCAGCUCCAGCCAUACGUUUGAUCCGGCUCAUCAGGACGGCGUGGAAUCUCUUGCAGUGCACAGAGAUGUUUUCUACAGCGGCUCUAGAGACUACUACAUCAAGAAGUGGGACUUAGCCGGUAAACAACUGCUACAGCAGUCUGUCAGCACACAGGCAGACUGGGUUAGCGCUCUGGGCGUGGUGCCAGGCUCUCCAAUGCUGCUCAGCGGUUGCAGAGGAGGACUGCUGCGCCUCUGGCACGCCGACUCACUUGCACCCCUCGGCGAGGUCCGGGGACACGACAGUCCCAUCAACGGCCUGGCCACUAACAGCAGCCAACUGUUCACUGCCUCAGAUGAUCGCACGGUAAAGAUUUGGGAAGCCAAAGGAUCUCUGGAGGAAGGAGUCCACUGACACCUGCUUCCUCACAAUCACCGAACUGACCUGAAAUCGAGGAUCGUCUACUGGCCCAGUCAAUCUCAAUCAUUUGUGAGGCAACAACAUCACCCAUCGCUUGUGUUGGAUGGGCACCCAAAGUGGGUCUGGGGCCUGAAAGCGUGGAUCCCAGCCUGAAAAAUGUAUCUUUGAAACAACAUCGAUCCUUCACUGAUGCCGCACAGGGAUCCGUGUCAGGGAAGUCUGAUUAGAUGCGACUGCUCUUAGUCAGAGUGUACUUACUGAUGUUUUAGGUCAAGAUGGAUCUCCAAGGACUACAGAACAGCUGCGAUGGACCGUACCUUUCAUAAGUGCGACAGUAAUUAAUAAAAUGAAAGUAAAAUAUGGAUUUAUGGAUCUGUGUCGAUCCAGGAGUCUCUUGUGCUUUCCACAUUCCUCUGCUCAGUUCAGCACUAUGACAACAUGGAUACCUUGUAUGCAUAAAGUGAAUUUUGCCAGAGCUGCUGAGAACAAAAAACAGGUUUUGGUAUAAUGCUUUGCUCCCUCGCACCGUGUUGUAACCCAUGAAAACUUGCUGAAAGAGUCAUCCUGAGACGAGACAGGGAAAUCCUGCUCACCAGCAGUAACUGUGAGUCCAUCCUGGGUGUUAACAUGAUGUGUCCUGUCUUUGCUUUCCAGGUCAUUAUGGGUGUGUGUGUGUGUGUGUGUGCGCGUCAGAUGUAACCAAGGACCAAACGACUGAAACUGCGAUGGUCUUCAGCUGUUACUGCCAAACCCUCUAGUGGAACAUGAGAGGCCUCUAAAUAAAACAUACUACGCUUUGUUGACAGGGUCCUUUUUCUGCUUUAACACUUCAGAUUGUGUAUUUCCUGUAGUGUCAAGUUAGAGUUCAUUAAAUCAACUGCUGACUAAUAUUAUAUCUUCAUAAAAAUGUGUGUAUCAUCAACAAUAUUCCUAACAAAAGCAGUAACUACAGGGACAGUGAAGUUGGGAAAAUUAGCUUGAAAUUUGAAGGCUACAUAGUGAAACAGAGGAACUUAAAAACAAAGGUUUCCUUUAAUUUUCUUGUCUAUUUGCACUGAAUAACUAGUCUAAUGAAUUAAUACAGUUGAGUAUAUGAUUGAAAAGUAGCUUAACCAUAUCAAAUCAUGUAAAUCCCUCUUGUGUCAGAGGCUAACUCUGCUAAGCUAGGCUGAUUAGCUUCUAGCAGGACUAGUUUAACUGGUGGUGAUCUGAUUUAGCUUCUGCCUUUAUUUACAUGGUAUGAUAAACUCAUUUGCAAUGAUUUUAAAUGUAGGAAACAGGUAGAAAAAGUGGGUGAAGUAGUUUUCGCCAGCAACCCUUAACUAGCUAGCGUGUAGACACCCACAGUUCGGUCUUUACCGCUGUUUUUCAAAUCUGAUAUGCUGGGUUUUUGUAAGUUGUAAUGAUUUUGUAGAUGGUAAAACAUGUCAAAAAGUCAGAUUGUGAUCUUGGCUUUGCAGGGCAGUAUAGUUGUCCAGGUUUUCAAGAAAAAUCCCACAGGUAGACCCUGCUUUUAUCCGUAAAUCAACUUGUUAAAACCUGAGACAGAAUAGCUGUUACAUUCAGUAAUCCAGGUGUCUCAAUGUUUCCCAAACAGCUUCGAUAUUUCCGUAAGUGAUGUGUUGUCAGCGGUCACGAAUAGCUGCUGGGUUUCUGGUUUCAGUAUUCUCUGGUUGAUACACGGACAGUUUCCAAGCAUUUGUAGCCUUAAGUGGUGUUUCCUCUGCUGAAUGGUUUUACUUUCCUGUCAGCAUGCUCCCCUCUGGCUUCUCUGACCUGCAUUUCACAGGUCUCCAGCAAACAUACUCUCACUUCCAAUGAAAAGGUUACCCACUGAGUAUUUACUUUCUCUAACCUUUAGUGGCUGUGCAACACUUUCAAAGAUGAAGUACGACUCUGGCAGCUCCUGCUUUUAGGGGACCUUUUGCUUGAGUCGUAUAGCUGUAUCAAUGUAAAUCAUUCAUGUUUAUGGAAUCAAGCACCUUGUCAUGGGAUAUGACGUGUAUUUUGUGAGAGCAUCUAUUCCUGUAAGAUGCGUGUAUGUGUGUUUUUCAAUCCAAAUGAUGUGAUAAGUUCUCAUUCUGUUCUCAUCGUACAGUACUGUUCUCCUCUGCUGUCUUUGUAAACUGCACACCGGCUGCAGUUAACCAUAUCAAACAUCAUUCAGUCUUUUAAAUAUGAAUCUAAAAUGCUACUAUUUAUUUAUUUUUUCAUUGAUUUUUGACUUUUUUGGCUGUUUUGUCUUCCUUAUCAAUCAGAUUUUUAACUAAUUUCCAUCUGAUGCCUCGGAUAUCUUAGCAUCAUGGACGAUGGGCUGCACAGAAUAUAUUGGAUGGAUUUCUCCAUAAUCGGAGGUGUAUUAUCAGUGCCUGUAAUAAAUCCUAAACUGUAGAAUCACUACCUGACAAAUAUGGCUUUCCCUUAUUAUAAGGCUCAGGUAGUUUAUCAUGAACUACUGUAUCUUGAGUAUCCUUUAAAUUUAUUGGAAUAAAAACUUGCUAUGGUUUGAAUAUUGGAGGUAAACAUUGUCAGCAAUGCUAAAGUCAAUGGGACUAAAAAAACUGCACUGAAAAGUCUAUUUUUUUGCAACUGUAAAUCAGUUUUUCCCCAUUGUCUCACAACAUAGUUUAAUGCACAAGACUGGUUUUCGGUUCCAUUGACUUAAAUUGCUAAAUAAAGAAUCCCAAAAAGGCAACAAUGUGAGCUGUAAGUAUUUCUUAUUGAUAAUAAAUCAGAUAGUGUGUUUAAAAUCUUAGUUACCCCACUAAAUGUAGUUGUAUCUUAUUUUAAAAUUUGACUGUAAAUCUGCUUUUGUGUAAAUACAACUGUUGUUUUCUUCCUGCUGAUUCACUUGUGCACAAUUUCAAGUGCAAGUUAAAAUAUCAGAUGCAGUGUGAAAAUAAAUUUUAAAAUAAAAAAAAAAA